AUGGACGGAUCUAACCCGCCUUCAUGGCCACCUGAUAAUCAGAACUUAACAACGCCUGGUGCGGAAACAGCUGGUUAUGAGUUUGGUCGAUCAACAGCAGUUGAAGGUCAUCGACAACAGGUUGCGAUACCCGAUUACCUCCCGAACAACUUUCCGAUGGGAUUGACGACAGAAGGAUAUAAUCAACUUCGAUCCGUUGAUACAGCACCUUACUCCCAGUUCAAUCGAUUUCAGCAACUGACCACGCCCCACGUCAAUCAUUUGCCGCGUUUUAGUAGCUUUGCUAAUGGCAAUACAGGUAUGCAAGGUGGCUCCAAUCAAUAUACAGAUGGCUACGCAUAUCCAGCGUUCGCAUCGUCAAGUUCUUCAGACGCCAAUCGACCACUUAACACAGGUUUGCCUCAAAUUGCUUUCACCAAUCAAGCAGGAAGUCCAUUCUACAAUGACCCUAGAAUGGCACCAAGUCAAUCAGCCGUUUUCAGCUCGCCAUUAAACACGAGAGCGACUCAGUUUACCUCUAUUAAUCAAGGCGGAAAACUAUACCAUCCUUACUCUAGAAUGGCACCGAAUCGAUCAGCCCGUUUCAACCCACGACUUAGAACAAGUUCACCUCAACUUAUCUUCGCUGGCCAUGAAAGAAGCUCAUUCUAUCCCGAAUUUGGAAUGACACCAAAUCAACCAUUCAUUUCCAACCCACCACCCAAUACCAGUCUGACUCAACAUGUCUCCACUGACCAAGGAAGUCCAUUCUAUCCCGACAAUAGUAUAGCACAAAGUCAAUUAGCCAUUUUCAAUCCACAUCCGCACAUGCUUCCCACCCUUAGUGGACAGUUGCGUACCUCAAUACCAUUGGCAGCACCUGAUCUAAGUAAUUAUUUCAGUGCUUUCAGUAGCACUCCAUCAGAGCACUUUGUCAACCGCAACGACCCAGGUCAGACAUCUGCUUCAGGUCUUGUACAGAUGCGUGUUCAAGAUAAUAGAAGCUCCUUCGGUGGCUCGAAUGAGACACUAAUUUCCCACUCACUCUCUGACAAUAUGCAAUAUGCUAGCACAUCAGAAAUGGGCCAAGAAUUAAGAAAUAUGUUUUCUUUCGAUCACACAAACGCCAAUGCCGAACCAGAUAUGUCGAACUGGAUGGCUGAUUUUAUGCAGAACAUGCCACAAGAGAAAACAUACGUUGGUCGCAAACACACUGGUGAAUUAUAUAUUGGCCAAACAUCCACUGAGCAACAUAGAAAUGGCUCUGCUACAGCAUACUCGAACGAUUGCGAAUUGGUGAUCAAAGCUUUUGAAAUUUCGCAGACAAUUUCAAAUGCCAUAGUGGACGAGUCCGACAGGCAGAAGUUGACUCGUGAUGCAGCUUUUACAUGGGCUCAGACAUUUGUGCCUCCUGGCACGAGCACACACCAUGAAAAGCAAGGAAAGGAGUAUGUAUCUGAAAAGGUUUACGCAUAUCACCCCCGAGGUUGCAAGAACUAUUACUACCGAUCUGUAGUCGGCAAUGAAGUACAUAUUGAACACUGGGUCAACAACAAUACCCGCACGACAGUUUGGAACCAUCCCGAUAAUGAAUUUCCUUCCCGUAUCUUUGAUGAAUACCCCGCUGAUUGGAGUACAAACGUGGAUCCCAACAUUGAAUUACAGAAUGAUUCACAAAAACAAAAGGAGUUGAACGACCUUCGCAGUCAAAUUUGCUCAAGCAAUAACACCUCCGCCAAACAUCGUUACAAACCUGCUGACCCUGAUACACGGCCUAGCUGGCAAUAUCACCAGGGGGAAGCAAUAAUUACGACCGAUCACGGUACGGUUGAUGUUCCUAGAUCUUCCAUCACAAGAGAUUCAAUCAUGCGGGUAGUUUCAAGAGUUUCAAAUCCAAUUUUCACUGGCGCUCCACGUGGCGGAUCGUUCAGCUUUUGGGAUCCAAAUUCUCGGCCACCUAUGGAAAGGCGUCGAAUUACCCAUCUGUCCAUUAAGGAACGAAGAAAUAUUCUCAGACGCAUUAGAGAUCUUCUCGAAAGGAUCUGGAAUUUGCCAAGUAUGCCACAGGAGCUUAGUAUUGUAUAUCGCAUGUUUUUGGAUUGUAAUUCAUCUCCCGGCUUUGGUCAGAGUCAAUACUUGCAUGCAAGAUUUGCGACAUUUCCCAAAUUCCUGAAAUUACCUACUGAGCUGCGGUGGAUGAUUUGGGAGUAUUGCUGUCUUCCUAAAACAGAGCACCUUGGUCUUGUGGUUGGAACGGGCGAUCUCAGGAGUGAGGAUCAUAGAAUCGAACUACCCAUAACUUUAAGUAUAUGUUAUGAAAGUCGCAAGAUAGCGAUACACUACUACACUAUCGUGGACAAGCCGAUGAUUAAGAGGAAAUCAAGAUACAUGUAUAAGGGUCAGAUAACAUACGACAAGCGCAGAAAAGAGUAUUCUCAGCCAAGACAACUGGUUCUUGGUCAACAGGAUGCAGUAGCCAUCUCAGAUAGUACUCCCGAGAAUAGAAUGGAAAUGACCCUCGAAUGGCACAAUAAAAUCAACGAGGAGCAUAGGAAAGGCUUAAAGAGUAUCCGCCAUUUGGAAAUUAGAGAUAUUCGUAAUAAUCAUGGCAGUUAUCUUGUCGCUACUCGCCACCUCAAUAGUACCGCGGACCAUUCUCAUCUUAUACCAAGAGUUUUCACAAAUGGCAGUUUAACCAUGUUUAAAAAUCUCCAAACACUAACACUUACGAAUAUGCCGCCUACGACCACUUGGUCGGGUCCCCAACCAUUUCAAAGAGAAGAUCAGGAGAUUCUGAAAAGCUUGAUUUCGGAUCAUCUUGAUCGAACAAGAGUUGGUGAUAAUAGGCUUGUGGCUAAGGAGAACAUAAAGAUUAGAGACUACACAGCGAUGGAGGGUCAAAAAGUGAAGAAAGAUAAUGGAAGGGUUGACUUUAAGAAAGAGUUCUAUUCAAAGAUGUUAACGCAUCUUCCGGAAGAAUACCGUAACUAG